GUAAUGUCUCAUAGUUAUAGUUUCAGUUUCUUUUAUACAGUCUAUGGUUUCACAGCAGAGCAGCUGGAGGACUCCGCUCUUCUUUCAGCUGCAGGCUAACGAAGCCACGAAGAAGAAUGUUGUGAACAAGGAAGUCAGUAUUUUACAGGAAAUCAGCGUAAGCCUCCUUUUGUUUUGUUUUGUCUUUGUUUUAUGUACUAAAUUGAUGGUCAUUUCCAUCAGGACAGUCAUUUAGAUUACUUAAUAGUUCAUAGUUGGUUUAAUUUACGUAUAUCAACUUUAUUUGUGUGUGACAGUCGACGAGAUUUGGCGUUAGCCGGGAACUAGCUUCACCAGCUAACAACAAAGCUAACAGGCCUGAAGCCGUCUGUUCUCUGUCUGCCGUCAGUCACACUCUUAUCCUGUUUUUUAAACCAACGAGACUGGCUUACGGUCAAACGUCGUUUGGGAGCACUAGAUAGUACCGUGAGCAAACCGCUGGGGUAGCUGUCAGCUGUUCAUCGGCUAGGCGACGUUAGCUGUACAGGCUAACCGGUUUCAUUUGUUUUGACUGAUCUUAUUAACGUCUCUAGUACUGGUCAGAGUCGUUAAUUACAACACAACAGCAGCUGAGAUUGGAUGACCAUGUAUGCCCCACCGGGUUCGACCGCUCCUGGAGGCCGGAGGAGGAGAGGGGGGACCUCCCUACCCAAGCAGCCGGAGCGGAGCCUGGUGUCAGCCCUGCCCGGAGCCCUGUCCAUCACUGCGCUGUGUACGGCUCUGGCGGAGCCGGCCUGGCUCCGGGUUCAUGGAGGCACCUGUCCAAGACAAGAGCUGGGGGUGGCAGAUGUCCUGGGGUACAUUGAUCCCAAGCUACUGGAUGAUUACUGUGUGAACCCACAGACCAUCUUGUUGCUGAGGGUGAUCGCUGCCUUUUGUUUCCUGGGCAUCCUGUGCAGUCUAACUGCAUUCCUCUUGGAUGUGUUUGGACCUAAACAUCCUGCUCUCAAGAUCACAAGAAGAUAUGCAUUUGCACAUAUUCUCACAGUGCUGCAGUGUGCCACGGUCAUAGGGUUCUGCUACUGGGCCUCAGAGCUUAUCCUGUCACUACAGCAACAGCACAAAAAAUACCAUGGCUCUCUCAUAUAUGUCACUUUUGCCAUCAGCUUCUACCUGGUGGCAGGGGCCGGCGGAGCCUCGAUCCUCGCCACGGCCGCCAACCUCUUGCGCCACUACCCCACCGAGGAAGAGGAGCAGGCUUUAGAGCUGCUCUCUGAGAUGGAGGACAGCAGUGAAACUUUCCCCGCUGAUUAUGACAUUGCCAAUCAGUUUCAGCCGCCACCUGCCUACACGCCAUAAUGCCACCAGACUGGCCUUGUUAACACUUGCUUCUCUCCGAGCACGGCUAUUGGCUUGAUGAGCAAACCCACUCUUUAUCAAAUGGAUAUCGUCGCAAAUACUCUCCAUAAUGAACACAGUGUGCACAGCUAGUGCGCAGACUCCUCGACUGACAGUGCUUGGGUGCAUGAGAGCUUUCUUUAGUGGUGGCAGAAAUUUAGGAGAAAGGUCUUACUUUCACCACUGACGUUGUUAGUGAUUUGCAUGUAAAUGGCUUUUAGGAUUUGGUCCUUACAUGUAAAGCAAACUAAAUUGUAAGGAGUGCUCAAGUUGGCUGAUGACAAGUAACUGAUGAAACAGCCACAGCCUGAUCAAUGCCAAUUAUUGGAUGUAUUGCUUUUGGUUGGUCGUGGAUGGAGCUUUGUUAAACAUAAUUUUUGAUUUAAAUUUUUGAUAUGCUUGCCAUGUGAAUGAUUUUAUUUUACUGAUACAUAAAAAAUGCAGAAAUACACUGAGAUUAUUUCAGACAGUUCUUUUAUAUAUUAUAUCAAACAUACCUUUUAUUUAUUAAUUAGUUGUCUGUGCUGUGUCCUCUUUUGUUUCUUUUGCUUUGUAGACAUCUGUCACUGGUUUAGUCUUAUAUGAUUGCAUCUGUAGGUGCGAUAAAGCAAGACAAAAAAACAGGCUGUCAUAAUGUGAGACAGGUCUUUGUGGUGUUUUUUCUAAAGGAAAAAAAAGGUUCAUGGCAUGUGUUGUGUGUUGAGAGCUAACGGCCGCAGAGAAAUUGAGGAACGUGAAGUUUCCAUGUUUCCACAGAGCAACAUUUAAUAGCAGGAACCUCACAGUCAUGUUCUUGUAUAUGAUUUUUUUUUUUUUUUAAACACCCUUAUUUGUACUUUGUGGUUACCAUAUGUGGCAAUUUCAGUAUUUGUUUUCUAUGCAUGAGUUCUUUUGUGUGCAAAUUUUAAACCUUCAGGUGGAAUCUCUAAAGGUAACGACUGAGGCUUAAAGUUGUGAUUGUGGUGAUUCUAGUCGGUUGUGUGUUGUUCUGUUGACGCCAUUUCUGCAUUUUGUUCCCCAAAUUGUUGCUAUACUUUUAUCAUCAUUAUGUAAAUAUUGAUUGUUUAUACAUAAAAAAAGUGGUCAUAAUAAAAUAAAU